AUACACCACACACUAUAGUGCUAACUAAGGAUAGACUACACAGCUCUAUAAAUAACAGAGCUAUUGUUGUGGUAAACUGCUUGUUCCUUUUAGUACAAAAUGAGUGCCCCACUUAGUUCUAUCUUGAUUGCUCUUCUGCUCGUCCUGCCUUGCUGCUUCUGUGAUAAUCACCAUAAUCUUGAAUCUAAGUACAACUUUAGGAAGGUUCUCCAUCCUCAUUAUACUCUCUACUGGAACUACAAUCCAACAGACAGUAACCUUACCUUUGCAGUCAGAGUGGAGACUACAGGAUGGGUUGGAUUUGGUAUAUCACCUAAUGGAGGAAUGGUUGGAUCUGAUAUGGUCAUUGGAUGGGUACAGGAUGGACGCAGCUACUUUAAUGAUAGGUUUGCUACUGCCCAGUCUACUCCAGCAGUUGAUAUGCAGGAGGACUGGUUUCUGAUAAGAUUUUGUGUAUCCUUCCAAUGUUGCUUAUCCCAUUGGAGGUGA